GAAUCAACACAGUAUAAGAAACGCCGGAGAUCUCACUCAGCGCUCAGUUUCCCCUCAAGCGAGGGUCAAGCCGUUAAUACCUACAGAGUGUCAGUUGAACCGAUACUAUUUCUAAUCAACAACUACUGAGCCCAUCGCAUUACUUCUUACUUACCAACGUCAUGACACAGCCACGCCCCCUACUCGUCGUAAUUGGAGCUGGCAGCAUGGGACUUUGCCUCGCCCGUCGACUUGGCUCAUCGCACCAUAUUCUUAUUGGAGACUAUUCGCCCGCUGCCCUGUCCGCAGCCAAGGGCUCGCUCGGCCCCGCCGGUCAUCUCGUAACAACAAAGAAUAUCGAUGUUUCUUCCGGGACAUCGGUCGCCUCCUUCGCCAAGACUGCCGCCGAGCUCGGUCCUAUCGAGACCGUCAUCCUUACGGCUGGUGUAUCCAGCGCCGCAAACGACACCCGGCUGAUCUACGCCACCAACCUUACUGGCACCGCUCUCGUUCUUGACAGCUUUCUUCCACUGAUGCCUCCUGGAAGCUCCCUGACCAUCAUAGCUUCGGUUGCCGGUCACCUGCUCCCUCCCAACCCGGACUUGGAGACUCAUCUGGCAACAGCCCCGACAGCUUCCCUCAUCACGCACCACGAGCUGGACCACGACGCGGACCCAAGCCACGCUUAUGGUGUCUCGAAGCUUGGUUGCAUCGUCCGUGCUCAGUACAAGGCUGCUGAAUGGGGACGCAAAGGAGUGCGAAUCAACACCGUUAGCCCCGGGGCCAUCGAGACGCCUAUGCUUGGUCAAGUUCUGCGAUCGGAGCAGGGACCCUUUGCGCAAAGCAUGAUCAGCAAUACUCCACUUGGCAGGACGGGGACGCCUUAUGAGAUCGCCGGGAUCGUUGCGUUUCUGGCCGGGCCGGGCGCAGGGUUCAUCACUGGAGCGGACCUGGUCAUCGAUGGUGGCGCCUUGUCGACGCACCGAUGGCCUGGAACCGUCGCGGAAUCGAAGCACGAGGUUCUAUCAUCAGAUGGGCACAAGUGAUAGACCAAGGUUCGGAUACAUAGUCAGGGGCGAUGUUUCCCAGGCCUCAGCACGUGUUAGAUUGCUUCCUGCAGCUUGCUGUCACCGGUAUAAUGGAUGCGUGGCUGUUUUGGUCGACGUCCUUGGUCUCUACACAGCACAUAAGCACGAUUGUCUCUUAGAGUGUCUACUCCGACCCAUAGCUGACUCAUACGCUCUCACAUAUCUCAAGGCCAGCCUUCUUGAUGCAGGGAAGAAGACGCAC